AUGGAUCGCGACACCAAAACAAACGGCGAUGGUGAAGGCGACGCCGGUGUCGCCAACAUCAACAAGGCACGCUCGGCCGAUCAGCACGAUGUCGCGAUCAACGCAUCAGGUCACGUCCAGGAGCUUGAGCGGAAUUUCAGUCUCCUCUCCCUUGCGGGCGUCGGUCUCGUGGUGGGUAACGUUUGGCCUGCGACAGGCGGCUCCAUCCUCGUCGCUAUCUUCAACGGCGGUCCUCCGGGUGUGCUCUACGAGUUCAUUGCCGUGUCCAUCUGCUACUGGACUGUCGCCGCCAGCAUUGCGGAGCUAGCGAGUGCCAUUCCUUCGUCUGCAGGAGUCUACCACUGGGCAUCCGUUACACCUGGUCGCCGAUGGGGACGGGUUGUCGGCUUCUUCGCCGGAUGGUGGAACUACCUGGCUUGGGUUCUCGGUGCCGCCAGCAUGGCAUCGAUUUUUGGGAACACGGUCGUGCAGAUGUAUGCGCUCAACCACGCGGGGUUCGAGGGGAAGCCUUGGCACGUCUUUAUCGUCUACAUCAUCGCAACGUGGCUUGCCUGCGCCAUGGUUUGCCUGGCUAACAGUGCCAUGCCACGGAUCAAUGACUUUGGGGUUUUUGCGAUUCUUGCUGGUUUCCUGAUCACAAUCAUUGUUGUCGCUGUCAUGCCUGGCCGCGACGGCCGGCCGCCUCAUGCCUCCUCCUCGUUUGUCUGGACUGAGUGGACCGCCGACAUCGGAUAUCCAAACGGGUUCGUUUUUGUUGCCGGCAUGCUUAAUGGAGCUUUCAGCGUUGGUGCUGUUGAUGCCACAACGCAUCUGGCGGAGGAGAUUCCGAACCCUCAGCGUAACGUUCCCAUCGCCCUCGGGUUGCAACUGAGUAUCGGAUUCAUUACUGGCUUCUGCUAUCUGGUCACCAUCAUGUACGCCAUCAAUGAUUACGAUGCCCUCCUCGAGUCCCCAUAUCCAAUCGCCGAGAUUUACCGCCAGGCCACCGGAUCUGCUGCUAGCGCGACUGGUUUACUCGCCCUAGUACUCAUCUGCAUUGGCUUGACACUGAUAGGAUUGUACAUCACCUGUGGUCGUACACUUUGGGCGCUUGCUCGUGAUGGUGCAAGCCCCCGACCUGAAGUUUUGGGAAAGGUGAAUCACAAACUAGGGAUGCCAAUGUGGUCUACUGUCUUGUCGGCUGUGUUGGUAACAGUCCUUGGGGCGAUCUACGUCGGCAGUACUACUGCUUUCAACGCCUUUGUUGGAAGUUUCAUCCUUCUUUCCAGCAGCUCCUAUCUUGCCGCCAUUUUGCCCAACCUCUUGGCAGGUCGGACUAGGGUGGCUUAUGGGCCCUUUCAUAUGCGUGGGUGGAUUGGCUUUGCCGUCAAUGGCAUCGCCUGCGCAUACAUGCUGGUUUGGUUUGUUAUCUACUGUUUCCCUUACGCACUCCCCACCGAUGCACAGUCUAUGAACUAUGCUUGUUUGAUCUGGGGAGGUCUCACAGUUUUCGUUGCUUUGUGGUGGCUGUUGGGAGCGAGAAAGGGGUACGAAGGACCGACAACAACUGGUGGCGUCGUGACCGAGAUUGAAGUUGGCCCAGGAUCCCACCAUCAUGCGGCCUGA